AACAAUCAUUUCCCCCAUUAACCCCAAAAAAAGAAAUCAUUUCCGCGCCCACCCAAAAAUUAAAAAAAAAACCCACUCACUCUCUCACCCCAACACCCUCACACUUUCACCAAUCCCUACACGGCGCUCUAACGACACCGUUUCACCCUACGCCGGCAACAAUGGACGACGAAGAAGAACAACAAAAACUCCCAGAUCUCGUAAAAGCCCUCGUCCACCAUCUUCUCUCUCAAAACCUCCCCCCAAACUCCCCACCCUUAAACCCUAACUCCUCUCACUUCCGAAACUCCCUCCGUUACGCCCACCGCAUCCUCUCCAGCCACCUCACUCCCUCCAUAACCCCCGACGCCGCCGCCGUCGCCGAAUCCAUCAAACGCCGUCUCGCCACCGAAGGUAGAUCCUCCGAAGCCCUCUCAUUCGCUGACCUAUACACCAAAUUCGUUUCCAAAGCUGCCGAUGUUGAUAACAAGUGGGCCCUACUUCAUCUCUUUAACAUCAUUUCUCAAGAUCGUAAAACCGCUGUUAAAUCUCAACUCGAUGCUUCGGGUUUUCUCCCGAAUUUAACUAUCUCCGAUAACAACAACAAUGUUCCUCGCCGCAUCGAAAAUAAGGGAUGGAGCGAUGGAGUUGUUGUUCUUGCUAAGGAUCCUGAUAAUCGUCGCGACAUUGCGUUUCGCGAGUAUGUGAAAUUGGUUAAGGAGGAGAACGAUGUGACCGAGGAGGCUAUGGUGACUGAUGUGCUUUAUGCUUGUCAAGGAGUUGAUGGUAAGUAUGUGAAAUAUGAUAAUGAGAAUAGAUGUUAUGUUUUGUUGGAUUCGAUUAGGGUUUCGAGGGGAACUGCGGGUAUGGUUCAUAGGCUUUGUGAGUUAGGGGUUUUGUUUAAGAAGGUUGUUGGGUACAUUGAGCAGAGUUUGGGUCGUUUUCAGACGGAAGAUGUGGGAACGGUUGGACAAGCUUUUUGUUCUGCUUUGCAGAAUGAGUUGAGUGAUUAUUAUAAGUUGUUGGCUGUGCUUGAGGCUCAUUCGUCGAAUCCAAUUCCUUUGAUGUCUGAAUCUGCGAGUUCUGUUAAUUAUCUUUCUUUGAGGAGAUUGGCUGUUUGGCUUGCUGAGCCGAUGGUGAAAAUGAAGUUGAUGGCGGAUUUGGUUGAGAAGUGUAGGGUUUUGCGCGGAGGUGCGAUGGCAGGUGCAAUUCACUUGCACGCGAGACAUGGUGAUCCGAUGGUUCACGAGUUUAUGAAGAGGUUGCUUCAGCGUGUGUGUUCUCCGCUUUUUGAAAUGGUGAAGAGGUGGGUUUUGGAAGGGGAGUUAGAAGAUAUAUUUACUGAGUUUUUUAUUGUUGGACAGCCUGUGAAAGCUGAAUCUCUUUGGAGAGAAGGAUAUAGGCUCCACGAUGCCAUGCUUCCUUCUUUUAUUUCAGCUUCUCUUGCUCAGAGGAUUUUGAGGACUGGAAAGUCCAUAAAUUUUCUGCGUGUUUGCUGUGAGGACCGCGGUUGGGCUCAAGCUGCAACUGAAGUUGCCAUCGAUACAGGGGCUGCUGCAAGACGGGGUGGUUUUGGCUACGGUGAAACUGAUACUCUUGAGUCGUUGGUUGAUGAAGCUUCCAAAAGAAUUGAUAAGCAUCUAUUGGAUGUAAUUUAUGAGAGGUAUAAAUUCAAAGAGCAUUGUCUAGCAAUUAAGCGGUAUUUAUUGCUUGGCCAAGGUGAUUUUGUGCAAUAUCUGAUGGAUAUUGUUGGGCCUGAGCUUUCUGGGCCAGCUAACACUAUAAGCUCUUUCAAAGUUGCGGGAUUGCUGGAAACUGCUAUUCGAGCGUCAAAUGCUCAGUAUGACGACCCUGACAUUUUGGACAGGCUCAGGGUCAAAAUGAUGCCACAUGAAAGCGGUGAUAGGGGCUGGGAUGUAUUCUCACUGGAAUACGAUGCAAGAGUACCGCUAGACACUGUGUUCACAGAGUCUGUGAUGGCUAGGUAUUUAAGAAUUUUUAAUUUUCUCUGGAAGCUUAAAAGAGUGGAACAUGCACUUAUUGGAGCCUGGAAGACCUUGAAGCCAAACUGUAUAACUUCCAAUUCAUUUAUCAGAUUGCAAAGUUCAGUAAAGAUGCAGUUAGUUUCAGCAUUGAGGCGUUGCAAAGUUCUUUGGGUUGAAAUUAAUCACUUCAUCUCAAACUUGCAAUACUAUAUAAUGUUUGAAGUUUUGGAGAUAUCAUGGUCAAACUUUUUAAGUGAGAUGGAAGUAGCCAAGGAUCUUGAUGAUCUACUUGCAGCUCAUGAGAAAUAUAUGGAUUCAAUUGUAGAGAAAUCUCUUCUUGGAGAACUCUCGCAGUCGCUGUACAAGUCAUUAGUGGUAAUAUUUGAUCUUAUAUUACGUUUCCGGAGCCAUGCGGAUAUUCUAUACGAAGGCAUUCACGAGUUACAAGCAAAAAUAACGGAGUCCUCCCUAUCCUCUCGAGACCAGCAGAAAACACGAAAGAAAUCAAAAGAUAAGUCAUUGGAUGAAGGAUCCUGGAUUGCUGAUGGGAGGAAAGCGUUAACACAACGUGCUGGUGAAUUUCUUCGGAAAAUGGAACAAGAUCUAGAUGCAAUUACCAAGGAGUAUACAUCAUUGCAAGAGGACUUCAUUUCUCAGUUGCCUGUACAGCAGCAUGUUGAUCUUAAGUUUCUCUUUUUUCGUCUUGACUUCAAUGAUUUUUAUAGGCGGGUUGUGUCGUAGCAUAUAGGAAAGUUGUGAAUAUGACUGAGGAGCGGAUUGAAUUGUUUUCUCAAAAAGUAAGGAUUCAACGAAGACUUGCAAUUAGCUAACUUCCAUUGUGUAUUUGAGUUGAACAAUUGGUGGUGCUUACUUCCUUCAGACCAAAUAUUCAAUGAGCUAUGAUUAACUAAAGGUAGUUUGUUAUGGAUUUGAAGCUAUUCAUUUUCUGAUUGGAUUGGUGAUGUGAGGGAACACUUGUAAGUAUUUGAAUAUAUGAUUAUUUAGUUAGUGUCUUUGACAACUUUUAUUAGUUGUGCUAGAAAUUGUUCAUUCGUGUCAAAGAUUUUGUAUUGUUUGAAUGAAAAUGGCUGUCCCAAAAUCUAGUAUGUGUAUCA